AUGUAUCUUUUCCCUUGCAAAAUUCUGCUCUGGAGCUUCAUCUGUGUUCGAUGUCCAGACCUGCAGGUGAAAAUUCAUAUCAGCUUUCCAACUCUCCUGCGCAGCUUCACCGGACCCCUUACUGGGGCACUUGAAGCCGGGCAAGCUUCAGAGGAUCCUUCCCAAAGGUCAAGAACGCAGGAUACCUGCCCCCAGCGCCUUGACAUGGCUACCUACGAAACAGACCCCGAUAUCGGUUUCGAUCAGGACGACCCUAAGUACUGGCGUGCCCUCCACUACAAACUGCACUAUGCAAUCCUUUACAAGGAUGUGGCCGAGGUCAAGCGCGUGUUGAGCUUGGGAGCCGACAUCAACUUCAAAAAUGAGCAUGGCUACACUGCAUUGGAGUGGGCGGACCAUCUGAAACACUUGGAAGUCGCCAAGUGCCUUCUUCAGACCAUGAACGUCAAAUUGCACGGAUACCUGGAAAUCCUCAAGCAUAUUCGUACCAAGCACCCAAUCAUUGUGCGCGCUCUGCUGGAGAUGGGGGUCGCUGGCAUGCUCGCCAAAAACAAGCGCUACCACAGAGGUUUGAUCCUGCAGGCUUGUCGGGUCGGCCAUCCGACUAUACUCCAGAUGCUGAUAAACUGCGUCCCCGGCUACAUGGUCACUGAUUACAAACAAGUGUACUUGCAAGUAGCGGCGUCUGAGCAUAACGACGAUGUCCUGGAGAUACUGCGCGAGAGGGCUCGUCAGGAAGAGGCGUGGAGAGAGAACUACUUCAGGCCCAGGACCCCUGUGACUCCGGUUCAGUUACCCCCAAGAGACCUAGAGUACGAGAAGAUCUUCGAUGAGUACAUCAACCCGGACGCAUAUCUUCCUUGA